AUGCAAUUAACCAAGUUCUCAGCUUUGCUUGUCUUAGCUUACUGUACCGUCUCUUCAGGAUCUCCAGUUGAAAUCAAUGCCAUCUCCGCAACAAACACUGCUGAAAUUAAAGCUCUUGUCUCGUCAUUCGAGCAAUUCAAUUCAGAGUUUGCUCUUGUCAAACGAGAUGGCCAAUUAGAUGUUCCAUUGAAUCAACUUGUCACCAGAGCAGAUGUUCCUAUUUUGCAAUCAAUUUUAUCGGGUCUUAAUAAUUCCGGAUUGGCCCUCAUUGUUAUUGAUUAUGUCUUGUUAAGACCAGAAUUGUUGGAUAUCACUAUUGAUGCAACGAUUUGGGUGAUUGAGUCUGGAUUGAUUAAUCUCACUGACUUGUUGAUUGCUCUUGAACAAUCGGGAUUAAUUAUAGAUGUCUUGAUGUUGAGUUUGUCUGAUCCAGACAUUUUACCUGGGUUAUUGAGAAUUGGCCGUGAAUUAUUGAAGCAAAGUGGGAUUGACAUUUUUUCCAAGCGUGAUGCGUUUGCAGAAGCUGUAAGCACCGAAUCUCCUGAACAAGCGUUCGCUGAAUUGAGUAAGCGUGAAAGUGAAGUGAUGAAUAGCUUAUUUACUGCACUUCGUGAAUCGGGAUUGGCGCUUAGUGUCGUUCAACAUUUGUUGACCACUCCAGAAUUGGCUGCUCCAAAUGCUCAUUUCUUGUUACUGAUUUUAAGAUCAAAUGCGCUUUCCUUGACUUCUUUGCUCAAUGCUUUGAAGCAAUCCAAUUUGAUUUGGAACUUGUUGCGUGAUAUUCUUGGUAAUCCUGAUGUUUUGAGUCAAUUUGGCCAAAUCAUUGCUGAUAGAAUUGCCAAGGGUAUUAUUCCUAAAAAUUUAUUUGACGAUGCUUGA